AUGCCUUUCCUUCACACGCCAACAUGGCGGAUUUUCGAGCAUUCGCUCGAACUCAUUCUCGGCCUGGCUGCUGUGGGCGCACAGUACUGCUUCGAGCACCGCAUGUCUGAAAGACUCUUCUACGCCGGCAAAGCCAUCUUGAUGGAGCGCCUUGCCCAUGAGUCUGAUAAGUUCGGGCCCAAGACAGGGUCGUCUCUCAGUAUGCCUCAACGGCGCGAAUCACGACCCAUCCUGGCAAGAGAUUGGGGUCCGUGGGAACCCAUAGAGACUGUUCGUGCUUUGAUUGCACUCAUGGGGUAUGCGACUUGGGAACCCAAGGUGUCACUGAUGCAAGAGGCAUUCGGCUUGCAGGGACUUCUGGCUCAAGUCUUGCGCGAAGUAGGCCUCCAUGAGGAAGACGGGCGCCAGCCUCCUGCCGACCAGACCACGCCACAGGCAGCUUGGCAUGCGUGGGCCCAGCAAGAGUCAGCACGGCGCGCGAAGCUGAUUGCCUUCUCUUUCAUGCAUACACAUAGCAUUGCGUAUAACGUUUAUCCUGUUCUCCGCAGCAAUGAGGUUGGCCUUCGGCUGCCUUGUUCGACCAAGGAAUGGAAGGCCUCGAAUGCUGUCCAGUGGCAGAUCGCCCGUCGAGAGACUGAUAAACAGCAGCUCUUUUUCCAGGAUGCGUUGUCGCUUCUGCUGAGAAACACUGAUGGCACUGCGCCACUUGAUCCUAUCCCCACCCCACUGGGCAAUUACAUACUCUUACACGGUCUGUUGCAGAGGAUAUACAUCGUCCGAGACCUCUCUUUGCCGGUGAUGGAUCACUCAGCAUCAUUGCCUAGCGAGGAGGUGGACAAGCUUGAACGCGGCUUGCGAUCGUGGACUGCGGGAUGGCAACAGGCUCCCGAAUCGAGUCUCGACCCAAACAACGAGAACGGCCCCAUCCCUUUUACUUCCAGCUCACUACUUGGACUGGCCUACGUUCGGAUCUAUCUCCACCUAGGUCCUUACCGACUGCUCGAAACACGAGAUCCGAUCCGCAUUGCCAAGGCCAUAUAUCGAUCACCCGCAGUCGAACGAAGUGGCGGAGUCAUUACUGCGCUUCUUUACACGGCCCAUAUGCUGAGUAUUCCCGUGAGACUCGGCGUCGACCGUGUCGCCCGUAGCCAGGCAUUCUUCUGGAGCGUCAGACACUCACUCUCGGGUCUUGAGUGUGCUGUUUUGCUGAGCAAAUGGCUCUUUUCCCUGACGGAGGCCUCGGGCACGACGCCGUUGAGUGACAGCGAAGACAGGAUCUUGCAUUGGGUACGCUGCAUCGUGGAGGAAGCCUACGACGUGGUUGACUUUGACGACGAGCCCGAAGUGGGUGUAGACCGGGACCCUGCGUCUCUCAGUCUGGCAGUACUGAGGAUCUGGGCGCACUUCUUCAAAAGCAAUACUCAAUGGCCGUUUAUCAACAUGAUCGGAGAGAGCCUGGAGAAGUAUCGGGAGCUGCUUAUGCGGAGUCGGCCACAGCAAGCGACCUGA